AAGGUUGUAAUCGUUUUUUAAGUGAAAUCUCAUCCGUUGGAAUCAUGGCGUCAUUGGCGUCAAAUGUCUUCGGCAGAUGUGUCGACGAUGUUACUUUCUCGUCAGAUGAAUAAAAAAAAAAAUUGUUUGAUUACGUGAAUUAUGUCAGAAGUUUUGUUUUUUACGCCUCUAUUUCGCUACGCCUGUCGUAAUGACGACAGGCCGCGUAUCCAAUAAGCAAAUCGCUUACGCUCAGUAGCGAAACGCAAUUGUUACUGCCGUACUAAUAUUGAAAAGCGAUAGAGAGACACAAAGCAUUUCAUUACCUUGGCUAGGCCGGCAGAAAUCUCAUAUGCUACGCUACGACGACGCCUCGUGUGCUUCUUUGAACUUGUACGUGCUCGUAGCGCUCUCGUUCUACGCGCGUAUUACGAUACGCUUACGCGUCUUACGCUUACGCGCCGUGUUGAGGGCGUAAUACGCUCGUAUAAAACGCUAAUCUGUAACCACCCUAAGUCUUGCAUGCCGGCUGUUUUAGUUUUUGCCUUCCUUGGCGAUAGCCAUAUACAUAGAUAAGGGAUAUACUUAUUAGCGGUAUUCUAAUUAAACACUUUGCAAAAUUUUGAUAUUGUUAUAAAAUUAUUUUGAUACUAUUAAGGGCCAACGAGAUGCGAAAUGAACUCGCAGUGCAUUAAUAAUAAUUAAAUAAAUAAAUAUUAUAGGACAUUAUUACACAAAUUGACUAAGUCCCACAAUAAGCUCAAUAAGGCUUGUGUUGAGGGUACUUAGACAACGAUAUAUAUCAUAUAUAAAUAUUUAUAAAUACUUAAAUACAUAGAAAACAUCCAUGACUCAGGAACAAAUAUCCAUGCUCAUCACACGAAUAAAUGCCCUUACCAGGAUUUGAACCCGGCACCAUCAGCUUCGUAGGCAGGGUCACUACCCACUAGGCCAAACCGGUCGUCAUUGUUUUUUGGAACUUAUGUGCGAAAUAUCAUUUGAUAUUUACGAGUCGCUUUUCGGUGAAGGAAAACAUAGUGAGGAAACCGGACUAUUUAAUCUCAAUUAGGCCUAGUUUACCCUCUGGGUUGGAAGGUCAGAUGGCAGUCGCUUUCGUAAAAACUAGUGCCUACGCCAAUCUGACAAUCUGACUGCGAUUUGUAUGAAACAAAAUUAUUUCAGAUUUGGGGGACAGUAUUAUUUGCAAAGUGAUGGUUUGGCUAUGGGUUCUCCGCUGAGUCCUUUAAUGGCGGAUAUUUUUAUGGACCAUUUUGAGAACCAGCACAUUGUAGGCAAUAAUAAUAUAUUAUAUUAUUUUAGAUAUGUAGAUGAUUUGAUUAUUUGUUGGACGGGGAGCAUGGGCCAACUGGAUGCUUUUGUUACUGAACUUAAUAGUAAGCAUCCGAAAAUCAAGUUUAAAAAGGAACUGGAGCAAGACAACUCAUUGAAUUUUCUGGAUUUAACAAUUUCGAGAGUGAAUAAUAGGCAUCAUUUCCAAAUUUACCGUAAGCCUACACAUACUGAUUCGGUUAUCCCGGCUUCUUCGACGCAUCCAUGGCAGCAUAAGUUGGCUGCUUUUCAUUGUUAUGUGCAUAGGAUGUUGACUGUGCCUUUUUCUGAUGAACACUAUCGAGCUGAACUAAAUAAUAUUUAUCAUUUAGCAGUUUCGAAUGGCUAUGAUAAGUCUGUGGUGGAUGGAAUCAUCAGAAAAAAGCGAAAUAGUAUAGUCAACAAUAUGUUGUAUGCUGCACGAUCCUCUGAGCCGAUUAAGAAAUACAAAGCGAGCAUAACUUAUGUUGGCAAAUUGUCAGAUGCAAUUUACAAAAUUUUAAAAUCUAACGACAUUCCUGUGGCUUUUAGGACGAACAACACUUUGCACUCUAAACUUUGCAAUGGGAAAGAUAAGAUCGAGAAGGGAAAAAAAUCUGGAGUUUAUAAGCUUACUUGUGAUAAUUGUAAUAAAGUGUAUGUGGGGCAAACAGGCCGUAAUUUCACUACCAGGUAUAAGGAGCAUGUUGCGUCAUACAGACACAACCAUCCAGAAAAGUCAAAUUUUGCGAAGCACUUGAUAGACAGUGGCCAUGCUUUACCUGAGAAUCAUUCUUUUGAUAUUUUACAUGUUUGCGAGAAAGGAUUGCGUUUGAGUGUUCUGGAACAGUUGGAAAUAAUUAGGUACAACAAUAGGGGGAUGAUUCUUAACGAACAGUUGAAUGUUGCGUCAUCGCCGUUAUUACGAAUUUUUCCAUCUCACUCACACUUGCACAGUAGGGGGACUGGUCAAGGUAUAAAUAUGGCCGACCGUUCUAGACAGCUCAGUCAGUUGUCGGGUGUCAGACCGUCAACAUCUCCAGCAUCUCCUGAGGAUGCCUCGUAGAGAGGCGAAACACGUGUCGAGUUUUGUACUUUUGGUGGUGGGUUGUUAUAUUUAUUUGCGUAUUUAUUUUUGCGGUGGGAGGGCGGGAACAUUAAUUGCAUGUAAAAAUACGCAAGUAAGUAUAGCGGGUUAGCACUGAUUGACUAACACGUUAUUUUCUCGCGGAUUAGCAAAGUAAUAGUUCUUGUUUUAAUUUUCUUGGGAUUUGUUGUCAAGCGGACCCCAGGCUACCAUGAACCGUAGCCAAAUGCCGGGACAACGCGAGGAAGAUGGUGACCAAUCAUCGCGAUCCCUUAUUUUAGUUAGUUCUCGAUUCGCCGGAUUCCUGCGAAAAAGAAUCCGGCGAAUCGGGCACUACCCCUUACCCCUACCCCUACUUCUUAGUUUUCAUAAUAAUUGUGAAUCAAAAUAUUUGCAUGUUAUGCUGAAAAUUCGGCGCUUCGGCUGAGAGAGGGACCGAAUAUUCGGUAUUCGGCCAAAAACACUAUUCGGGGCAUCUCUAAAUUUACUACUACAGAUUCUUCGUUCGACUCUACCAGUCGUACCAUAAAUAAAUUGCAUCGUUUAUCAACCCCAUUAAUCAGUAUAAUUGAUAUCGUUUAGUAUAAUUGUUUGAAAAUGAAUAGCUCUGAAAUAGUAUCGGAUCGGCAAGAUAUAGUAUACUUAUUUUUAAAACAAUUCUAUUUUGGCAGAUUUUUGAAGCAUUCUUAAUCCGUUAUUAUUGCUACUAACUGUACUUGUUUUAAGGAAUAUUAAGAAAUACUUUUCAUUAUUAUAUGGCUAGUCUACGCAAGAAUUUACUACCUAACGACCCGAUUCGAAGAAUGAGAUACGAUAACGAUAAGUACUGGAUUCGAUAAGUUCUCACUUAGAUAUCGUUUGUAUGUCGUAUAAUGGACAGAAGCAGCUCGAUUCGGGCAACCAAUGUCACUUUGACGUUCGAAAUAUCGUAAAUAGAUCUUAUUGGGAUCACAGCGAAAUCGAAUUAAACGUCAAUUUUGACAUGUCGUUUAGUUAUCGGUCUUUAAAAGAUCUUAAACGUGUAUUAAUCAUUCUUCCGAUCGGGCCAUAAGACAACGCAAUCAUAAAUAUAUAAGUAAGGUUAAACCGUGCCAAAAAAUAAACAUACUUUGGUCAACAACAUUGCUUUUAUUCAUCUAAUAGCCAGCAUAAUCAAAAAAAUUAAUAACAUGUCAUAAUCAACAAUCGGAAGCAAUAAAAAAAUCUAAUUCAACGAAUGAAGUCCGACCAAGGCCAUGGCCGCUCGCUAGGAAGUUCUGACUAGUCUAUCACUAUACGCCGCCAUCGACGCUUCUGCCGCCUAAUCUGUGGGCGUUCGAAAUUCAAAUCGGAAAAUACGACACGUUAUUUUUUUAAUCUCUUUUUUUUCUAGUGAUGUGCCAGUGUUUUAUCGGUUUUAUAAUGACAAUUGUAACGUGUUCUGGAAAGCGUCUGUGACAAAAAUAGACGCCCACAAUUUGUUAUAAUUAAACUGUAUGUAAAUAGAGUGGAGGACAGACGUGUCGUCUGAUUCAGUGGUGUAAAUAAAUGUUUAAAAAACUAUAUGUUUUAAAGUAAAAUAAUGGUUUUUGGGAAUAGAACUAAAUAAAGUGCCUUAGUGUAAUGCAUUUUGGGAUGACAAUGAUGUGUGGAAGACUUAUGAGGAUUUUUAUAGUUCUGUUUAUGUGUGAAGUGUAGAUGCCCUAGAUGAUACAAAAGCGAUACACGAUGUUGCCAAAGCUAAAAAAAUGCUGCUGGUGCCUUUCAUUACGGACAGGAUGCUUUCUACUGGCAACUUUAUCGUCCCUAAUCUGCGUGGCGACCAUCAUCGCGGGCGCGUGGAACCUACCGCACUACGAGAGACCAGAGGACAACUUCAUCGCCAUGAGCGCGGUCAUGUUCUCCACGCUGUCUCUCAUCAGCAAUAUCGUCAUCUUACUGGGGCUGUUACUUAAACGUCCCGGCUUCCUGCAGCUGACGAUCCUCUUCAACUCCGUCUUCAUCCUCUGCCUGUUCCUAGUGGCGCUAGUCUUGUGUCUGUUCAGCCCGAAGGCAGAACCUUAUCUACGGGAACCACUCAACAUCGUGCUGAUAGUGUUGGCCAUAUGUGCUGGCGUGGUUUAUUCUUUCUACUACAAGAUGGUAGUCAACAGUACCUACCGUCAAAUGAAGACUUGGAACGAAAGUGCUAUUCCUGUAUGAGAACGCAAGAGUAUUUAGGAUAUAUACCUCACAAUAUAAUAGAUAUACUUAUGUUAACAAGAAUGAAGAAAGUAUAGUGACUGCAUUUGUAAGGAUAUUCUAGCAUUAAUCCUUUGAACGCUAGACGGCGAAGGAAUAUGCCGUGGGACGCCAGGUGACCGCGAUUAUUACUGAGUCUCACGUAAGUCGCUAUUGCAUUGGCGACGCUGUCGCCUGUAGGCGUCGGUUAGUAACAGAAUUGUACUAGCCAAAUAUGGUCUGUAAAAUGACCCUUUUAGAUUACCUGUCUACUGGAGCGAAGCGAGGCAGCGGAAAGGUGAGCGAGAUAAAAGGAAAUGUUAUUGGUGGAUUUUUAUCUUGCUCACCGCUCUGCUUUGCUCCGCUUCAGUAGACAGGCCAGCCUUACAGUCGGAUGCACCAAACCAUCUGUCACCGCUAAAACGUUCACCAUAAAACUGCUGAGUAGCGUUGAUAAAUACUUUGCAAUUCCAUAUACUCCAUUUUGGUGAUGGUUUCCCACUUGCCUUCUACACUGCAGCUCAAAAACCAGUUCUCCGCUUCUUGGCUUGAUCUAAAGCCCUACCAGAACCUGCUUCGUAAGCCUCCAUCCAAUACUGAUGAUAGAUAGAUAAAACUUUAUUCGUUUCCACAACAUACAUGGUAGGUAGCUAUAGACAAUAAGAAGAACAUGCAGCUUAGAAUUAUUCUUAAAACUAGUUUACAAUUCUUGAAUGCAAAACCAUGUAUCGUGGCAGAGAAUAGGCGCUGGCUCAGCAUGAUGACGCGGCAAGCCACAUCGCUGAUAUUCUGCCAGGACCUUACAUGAUGCUGCUGCUGCCCGACAUCAGGGGAAUGCUUAUUUAGUGACGGCAUUUUCUAGCCACGUCUUAAGAUUUUCAUCGGACCGUUGUUGCCCUGGAGGGGCGGAUAGGACACAAAAGAGGUAGAGGAAAAGCCAGACGCAGUUACUUAGA